GUUUUCAGUCUGGCUUUACCCCGCUGUUAGAAGACACUUUAGAUCACAAAAUAAAUUGUGUCUUAGCUCUCUGCAAAUAGCACAGUUCUAUGUUAGUGUCCUAAACUAUCCUAAAGGUUUGUUUUAGCUCCAUUGAAUACAAAGAGGGACUCAAUAUUAAGUGUUUUGGUCGAGCACAAAUGUUAAUUUAGAGCUUAAAAUACAAUAGACAUUUUUACUAUGUCAUUUAGUUUUACUUUGCGUUGACAAAAAAAAAACCGAGUUAAGCAUUUGUAAAUAUUAGCCUAUUAUUUCAGACGUUGUGUCUAGGUUCACAGAAAUGAAGAAUAAAUAAGGCCAUGCUUUACAUUACAUCUAGGCCAGUAGGACACUGAUGUCCAUAUGAAGAGGUGAGUUACCAUGUAAUGCUCAUUUGAAUGAUUGUCUUCACCCAAAGUAAAAUGUUCUGCUGGGCAGGUGUCAUUUUAAUUCUCUGGUUUGGAUUGAUUAUUCAGCAAAGAUUGACAUGCAGAGGUUUUAUGUCUGAGAAUGCAACACUGUGGACGUCUGGUUCUGGCUCUAAGUUCUUAAUGGGAUCUGGAACAAAGUUAAUUGUGCAGCACAACAAAGAAGUAGAUCCUGUCUAUUACAAAUUUAACGAUUCAUGUUUGGCAACCGACUUCACAAACUAUACUGCUGUAAAAUUCCAAGACGUUACACCAGUGCGAUAUUCAGGAAGGAGUUACUACAGCAGCUUCUCCUUUAGUACUUCAGAAUAUUGCGAGCAGAAAGCCUGUCAGCAAGGAUCAUCCAGUGGAAAUUUUGAAUCAGGUAAGUAUGAAAAAACCAACUACAUGUCACUGGGCCUCUAUUGGCUGAGAAUUCUCUUUCUGAAGACGGUUGUGUUCAAUGUCCUGAUGACUUUCAAAGCAUGGAUGAACUAACAUGUCGCAAAAAUCCCCAUCAUUUUUCAUCAGUUGGAUUUUCAGUGGCUUCAACCAAGACAAAAUAUCACAUUCGAGAGCCAUCAGAAUGGCACUGUUCUUGUUACACGAUGAUCACUGGAUUAUGAAACCUAUCUCAGUUAUGCUAUAUUGCUUAUGGUUUUUAGAAUUAUUUACUCUAUUUG